GGGAGGUGAAAGCAGCAAGCUCGUACUCGACACACUCGCACCUCCCUGGUGGGUGUGUGUAUCGUAGUCGUGUGUGAGAGCGAGAGAGCGGCCGUUCAAUGCCUAUCAUUUCGCUGAAAGGCAGGCUACCGACGCAGAGGGAAAACAGGAGUCCAUUGAAAGGCAACCGAGUCUGUUUGCAGCCAUUCGGAUUUCAAAAGGAGCCUUCUCAGCCACGUUUGAAGGAAGAAAACUGAUGGAUUUCUGAGACGCCUGACGGCAUUACCCAUUUGAAGCAACGACCCACCAUAUAUCAACGCAGCCGACUCAGUAGUGAAACUGUCGCUGGUCUAUGUGUUUACAAUCCUCUUGUUAUUCCUAUCUUUUGUUUCCGCGUUCAUUCAUUGUGUUCUAUUCAAGGCUGUUGCCUCGCAGUCGCCGCAUUGCUUGUUUUUGCACAGCAAGCAAUUCAGCAAUGAUUCUGUUUUAUCGCACACGGAUGCUGAUAUCGUGAGUACAGUCUGUGGACGUGGUCUGCAUAACUGCAGAGGUGGGGAAAGCGGUAGCCUCGGGAUCACUGCUGGGUUUGAACGAUAACCUAAAUGCUGGCGACGCGGUAAAUGCCAAGCCAUCCUCUGUAGAGAGGGCGUCACUGGGCAUUUACAUCGUGUUAUUCGUGUCUGCAUUUACGCACUGGCUUUGGCCACUGACUGAUGGGUUGGUUUUCCCUUUGAGACAAUUGGUACACAGAGAGCAUCGCGAUUCAUCGCAGGAAAUAGCCCAGUAGUCUACCAUGUAGAAGCGCAGGUACCUACGGUUAUUGUGGAGGCUCAAUACUAUCGCAGUAAUUAGUGUUCUGCCGGGCCUUCUUGCGGUAUUCGAUCAAAAUGCCGGCCGGAAUGAAGCCCUUGGAAAAGUUUUUGAAAAAACAGACCACUGCCCUUAGUCGAGCUGGUGGCUUCGGGGACAAGGGAACGACUGCCACCGGGGCUUCGCGGCGACGUGCCAGCCUGUCCCGAGUCGUGGGCCUUCCUUUCUUCAGGGAGACUUCACCCGAGAGCGGUCCGGCCCGGGAGGUGUUCAGCCCGGACACCGAAGAGGCUCCGUGCUGGCCCUCCGCCACGGCGGACAUCAGAAGUCCAUCUCUAUCCAGUGAUGAGCAGAGCUCCGAGGCAAGUCUGGAUACUAACUGGACCCCCCUGCCCCCGGACACACCGGACAAUCUGGCGCUGGCGCUGUUGGAUAGUGUGGCGGGGAAGCGCUUUGGAAAUUGCACAGAAAUCCUGCUGGAUGACUUCAUGUUGACACACCCCAUCUUCUUGGCGUCCGACAAGUUCCAGCAGUUCCUGCUUCAGCAGUUCAGCCCGGAGGGGGGGCGUGGGGGUGAGUCGUGGCCAGGAUGGGAGGGCUCCGAGCGGAAGCAGGCCGUGCUCAGUGUGGCCUUCCGCUACCUGGACACCUACAGGGAACUGCUGCAGGAGGAGGGGGAGCGCUCCAACAGCUUCCCUAAGGAUCUGUAUAUGUGUGCAGUGCAGGAGUUGAGUCAGUAUCCAGAGCUGGUGGAGGAUGUUCUCAAGCUGCAGCGCUGGAGCGAGAUCCUACACAGCCCGGCGGAGGAGGAUAAGGAGUGUCGUAAGAAGCAGGUGCGGCCGCUCUUCCGCCACUUCAGACGCAUCGAUGCCUGCCUGCAGCCCCGAGAGGCCUUCAGAGGCUCCGACGAGAUUUUCUGCCGUGUGUAUACGCCGGACCACUCGUACGUGACGAUCCGCAGCCGCCUGUCGUGCCGCGUGGGUGAGAUCUUGGCCCUGGUCAAGGAGAAGCUGCAGUACAGCGAGGACCAGCCCGUGCAGCCUGGAAACCUGGUGCUGGUGGCAGUCACCUCCGCUGGAGAGAAGGCCGUGUUCCGUCCGAGUGACGAGGCCGUCUUCACCACCCUGGGAGUCAACACACACCUCUUCGCCUGCGAGCCCGGAGAGCUGGAGACGCUGCUGCCGUUGCCUGAGGAGAUCCACUGGUCGCCGGGUGACAGUAAGCUGCAUGACAUGAGUGCAGAGGAGGUGGCCAACCAGCUGGUGGUCUUCGACUGGGAGCUCUUCAGCUGCGUACACGAGGUGGAGUUUGUGUGCUACGUGUUCCACGGUGAGCAGUCUCGCUGGCGGCCGCUGAACCUGGAGUUGAUCCUGCAGCGCUGCAGCGAGGUGCAACACUGGGUCGCCACGGAGAUCCUGCAGUGCCAGUCGCUACCCAAACGCGUCCAGCUGCUGCGCAAGUUCAUCAAGAUUGCAGCACUGUGUAAGCAGCAGCAGGAUCUCCUCUCCUUCCUGGCUGUGGUGUUGGGGCUGGACAACCCGGCCGUCAGCAGACUACGCCUCACCUGGGAGGGUUUACCAGGCAAGUUCAGGAAGCAGUUCCAGCAGUUCGAGGGCUUAUCGGACCCAUCGAGGAACCAUAAGUCUUACAGGGACCUGAUGGCCAGUCUGAGGCCUCCUCUCAUCCCCUUCACCCCACUACUGCUGAAAGAUCUGACCUUCCUGCAUGAGAGUUGUAAGUCGUUCCACGGGGAGCUGGUCAACUUUGAGAAGAUGCAUAAAGUGGCAGAGAUGGUCCGCACUAUCAGGCGAUACAGAAGCUCUCAGCUUGCACUGGAGGCAGAGCCCUCCCCCUCACACCUCCAGACGAAGGCUUACGUGCGCCAGCUCCAGGUCAUCGACAAUCAGAACCUGCUGUUCGAGAUGUCUUGCAAGCUGGAGGCCAAAGACAUGUAAAGACUGUAGAGUCGUUAAGUCCAGAAGAUCUCCAAUCCCACCACUUCAAGACCACACCACUCAAAAACGCCAUCUACUGUCUACUGCUAACAAACACGCCACACCCGUCCCUUACUCCUCUUGUCUGGACCAAUAAGCUUCCACCUUCAAACCAAUAAGCUUCAAAAUCUUCAAAUCAGGACCACAUUCCCUCUCUCUCUGUGUAUCAGGACCCGUCUCAACAGGACGACCGAUCUCCAGUCAAGCCCAAGCUGUUCUCGCUUCCCUGAUUGGAUACCUCUAGCCAAUGACUCCUCCUCUUUUUUCAACUGUGGAUUACAUUACAGUUUGGACUGUGUUAUUUUUGUACAACAUUAUUACACUUGGGUGAGCCAGGUGUUUCUUUUCUUCAUCCAGCCAGUGACUGAGAAGAUACACCAGAUACAAUAAAGGUCUAAACACUAUUGUCUACAAAGGGAAGGACAUCAAUUGCAGCCUCUACUCUUGACUGGUCAAGAUGAGGUUGUUGAUAUUUUAGCCACUGCUGUGAUUGGUCCAAGUGAGGCCACAUGUCUAUAGCUGCUGUUUUAUAAUUGGUCCACACAGGGCAGGGGGACUCCAGGCAGCCUUUCUAUUGGUGGUGAUUGUGUGCGACAAUAGCCACCUUUACUCUGCAAAAGGAAGCUACAGUGGGUGCAUUCCAAUAUGUGACCUUGGAACGCACCCAGGGAGUUCAGCAGGGAUAAGGGGAAGUGAUCUUCACGUUGGAGUCCCGUCCUCUUCUUUCUCAUUGGCCAUCUCCAGGCAACGCCUGUCCAGUCUGCACUGCCAGAAACCUGACUCAGCCAAUUACAAAGACUUCCUGGAGUAGUGCUUGCUUAGGUCAUGGCCUAUCAGAAACUACUCAGUGCAGAAAGGGAAAAGUAGGCCCCCCAUGGUUUCUGACUGCAUGAGCUUUUUCCUCUUUUUUUCUUCUUCUGAAAUAAUAUAUUUGCCUUUAUUUCUUUUUACACUCUUUCUGGAAUAUAUAAGGAUUCAUUUAAUCCCCCUGUUCUGUUCCUCUGCUCUGUUAAACCUUCUUGUUUAAAUUUCCUUCCCAUUUGAGACAAUCUUUUUACUUUUUGUUCUCUUCUCUCUACCCCUAACUCCAAAUCUGCUCUACAAUACCAUACCUCUAUCCCCUCUCUUCUCUCUUUUCUUCUCUUCUCUUGAGCCAACACAGGCACUUAGUUACUCGGGUAAGCUGAGCGCAGCCUUGACCUGCACGAGGUGGCUCCCCCCUCUCUCUUGAGAGCCACUAACUAACUCUACUUUACUCAGUUUGCUGCUGAUGCCAUCUAACACAUCCUCAAACAUCGCAGGCAGGUGAACCCACGCCCUCCGCUGGCCACGGAUGCUCAGUGCGGUCGCACCUUGCCUGGACACAUGCACACACCACCCACAAAUAACCUAACUGUAGAAGCUACAGUAAAUCAUGGACUCAAGCCCAAGUGGCGGCGACAGUGGCUUAGCCCUCAACGCACCGGGCCCUGACUUGCUGGUCGCAACACACUGCACCUGUGACUACAAAACUCCUGUCAGCGCCCACUGCUGGGUACUCCAAGCAGCUGCACUGCACCACACAUUUGCACACGUCAAAUUACUCAUAGAAGCAAAGCCAUGGACUUGGGCCAGGAUGGUGUCGGCAGUGGUGGCUCACACAGCCGCCCAAUGCAUCCCGAUUUGGCCUCGACUCCUCUCCAGGGGUGCACUUUUCGAAGGCUUAGUUGCCAACUACAUUUGCAAACUACUUGGUUGCAACGCAUUUUCCCAUUGGCAACCUAUAAAGUUGCUAACUGGUUAGCAACAGCGCUUUUGAGAAACGGCGUCCAGGCCGGGUCAGGGCUUAAAUCUGUUUUUUUUUCCCCAGAGAUUUGGGGGCUCGUCAGGGAUGACCCUUCCCACCCCCACCCUUAGGUAACUACAUUACUGAGGGGAAUGCACCUUGGUUCAAACCCUCCCCACCUCUCUAUCCCAGUACCUACAUUGGUGAUGGGGGAAACCUGUUUGAUGCAGGACCGAGAAGCUUUCCCUGUUCAACCCUCCCCAUCGACACCCCCUUUGGUAACCCCGCUGCUGAAGAUUGAUUCGAUACCCCACCUAACCAGUCUCCUCCCCCACAUUACCAAGGAGGUGGAGGGACAUUCUUCGUCUCAGUCUAUGAGCCCAGGCCGAGCUUGUGAAAGCCAUGAACUGUGUGGUGAGGAUGAAUGCCAGUGUUGCUAACCUGUAGUGGUUUUGGAUCAUUCAGCUUCUUUUGAAAAUGCUUGUGUGCUCUGCAAAAAAUGCCAUGGACAUAUUUGAAAACAAAAGUUAUUAUUUUGGGUACAGUAUGUACCUAAACCAGGUAGAGAAAGGUAUUUAAACUGAGUUUGUUGUUUUUGUUUGCCUGGUUGGCUGGAUUGAGGUGCACCUGAAGUGGGUGGAUUUCGGCAGUUGUUCAUAUUAGCAUUUUGGUGUCAUUUAAAAGCAAUUACCAAGUCAUACUUUUGGUGUAGAAUAUUGACUGUGUUUUAAUCAAAGUGUGAUGGUAAGUUUAUUACUUUCUUUGUACAUGUCGCUUUGCUUUUUUUUUUUACCUAAGCUACAGUAGUGAAUGUGUGAAGUGAAAAUGACAUGCUCUGUGCUGACAUGCUGGAUGUGAAGAACUACUUCUGGGUGAAAGGUCGCGUCUGCCUGUUUGCCUGCGAUGUGGCCGCCUUAGGAUAAUUUCCUGGGUCAACCUCCAUUCAGAGGGCUGGCUGGCUGGCGUGUGUACUGUAGAUAUAUAUUGAUUCAAAAUGUAAAUAGAUAAAUAAUAUGGAGACUCUAUUUUAUGUAUGAGCUACUAGAUGGCCGUUCUAGAAGAAUAUUUCUUUUGUAAAUUUAAGAGAACGGGUGUUCUUUGUACAGUUAAAAAAUUGAACACAUGUAAGAAAGACAGAAAGUUAGUUGUCAGAAAUAGAUGGCAUCAACUAACCUUAAGACGGAUAAAAAUGUACAGCUUUAUCUCCAGUUGUGUUUCCGUUUCUGACUGUUUAAGUUGUGUUAUGGCUUUGGUUAUAUUCUAUAUUUUUUAUUUGGUUUUGUAUUUUGGACUUUGUGUUUUUAUUUUGUCAACUUUAAGAUAUGUUUUUUUUCUUUUUCUUGAAACGGGUAAGAAUCCGAUACUUGUAUUUUGUGUUUUGUACAGAAGUCAGUGUUUACAAGUGAAAUCUCUUGAAACUUGGCAGGGCGCUAUUAUUCUAUCUGGGGAAGAGGGGAGGGUUAACACUCACACACCCUCUCUUAGCCUCAGAGGAACACAUUGCAUCCAAAUAAAGCCUCU